AUGGACGCGCCCGUUGUCGAACUGCGUAUGUUGGAACUAACAAGACAACUAGGCAGGCUUUACCCCUGGCAACUGUGGACUUGGACAGCCUACCUUAACAAUAUAAAAGUUGGGAAAUUAAGCGAAAGCUGCAGUAGCGAACUCAAACCACGUCGCAUUCACUUAAAGACGCAGCAGUUUGCUUUUUUAGCAUUUAUAGCAGGAAAGUUGUUACCGACAAAUUUUGUUAGUGGUAAAAAAGUAAAUAUUAUAUCACGCGUUACUUUCCUCGUGGGGCCUUCAGCCUGUUUUUUUUCGAUGUUUGCUGGGAAUGAGCUAAGUGAGCAAAACUUUAAUUUACUAAACCGCUUAUCGCAAAAAAGACGUGCAUAUACUUUCGAUGAAGUUACUUUAUCUGACAGACCAUCAGAAAUCCAUCCUUUAGAAGUGAAUUUAAACACCUAUGUGAGUCGUGGCAUUCGACUUAAAGGUUGCGGAAUUAUUUCAGCUGCUAUGGAUACGGUAACUGAGAAAGAACUGGCCUUAGUAAUGGCUAAGAUGGGAGGCAUGGGGAUCAUCCAUUGCAAUUUGCCUAUUAAAGAACAAGUAGAACAAGUCAAAUGGGUAAGGUUUAAAAUUCAUGAAGGAGGGAUGAUAGAAAAGCCUAUAACUUUUCUACCACAUCAACGCGUCAGUGUCAUACAAAAUUCUAUUAAGGAAAAUGGUUGGACUUUUACCUCUUUUCCUGUCGUGGAUGAGGAAGGAAAACUACUGGGCUUAGUUACCAGGGACGAGUUGAAUUUCGUAGAAACCACAAAUCCUUUUCUUAAGGAUGUGAUGAGAGACUUGUCAAUAAUUGUGACAGCGCCUAAAGGCACUUCGACCGAUGAGGCUUACUGCAUAAUGAAACAUCGGCGAGUCAAAAAACUUCCAGUGGUUACUGAAGAUAAGAUUUUGUUAGGAAUGUAUGUCUGGAACGACGUCAGAAAAGAUCAACGGCGAAAAGAACUUUUUAGUAUUGACAAAGAUGGUCACUUUUUGGUUGGGGCCGCCAUAGGGGCCGGUCCCGAAGGUUUUGAAAGAGCUCAAAUGCUGGUCAACGAGGCCGGUUGUAAAGUCCUUGUUCUAGACUCGUCUCACGGUUCCUGUCGUGCAAUCAAGAAUCAGAUUGCAUCUUUAAGAAAGUUAUUUUUUAGCUCUAUAGAAAUCAUCGCUGGAAACAUUGCAUCGUAUGAGUCGGCGAUGUUUUUGUUGGACGGGGAGGCAAAGCCGGAUGCUUUAAAAGUUGGUAUAGGACCGGGCUCCAUCUGUACUACCCGUGAGGUCACUGGGCAUGGGAUCCCGCAAAUCACGGCUAUAUUUGAGUGCUGGAAAGCGGUCAAUGACUUUGGGAAAAGGACAGGCUACUACGUCCCAGUCAUCGCUGAUGGAGGCAUUAAAAACUCGGGCGAUAUUGUUAAAUCAUUGGCCGCUGGUGCCAGUGCCAUAAUGCUGGGGAACGCUUUGGCUGGGACCCUCGAGUCGCCAGGCAAAAUUGUGGUCAAGAACGGGAAGACGUUUAAGUGUAUACGGGGGAUGGGCUCCCGAGCGGCCAUGGAGGAACGGCAUGGCUCCAGAAGUCGAUACUACCGAGUGGACGACGAGCAUCAAGGGGAGUCGAUCACCGCUCAACAAGCUGAAAAGAUCGUUCCUGAGGGCGUAGAGGGGCUGGUCGAGCUCGUAGGCGACGUGGAGUCUGUAAUGACGCGAUUGUUAGGUGGUGUUCAGGCCGGGUUGGCGCAUAGCGGAGCCACCGAUAUACCCAGUUUUCAAAAGCGUGCGCAGUUGUGGAUUCAAACCUUUGCCGGCUUGACUGAAGGGAAGCCCCAUGACAUAACAGAUAUUAGAAAAUAAAGAGUUAAUUUGUCCAUUUUUUUUAAAAUCGCUGGUUUAAAUAAACUAACAAAGGAUUUUUACAUAA